AUGGAUGAAAAAGACUGUGCAGGUCUCUACAAAAAAGGUGAAAGAAAGAACGGAGUUUAUGAAAUUGAUCCAGAUGGCCAGGGCAGAUUCAGUGUCUUCUGUGAUAUGACGUCAUCUGGUGGAGGUUGGACCGUGUUUCAACGUCGUCAAGAUGGAAAAGUAGACUUUUAUCGAGAUUGGAAAAACUAUACACAAGGAUUUGGUAAUCUUGCUUCUGAAUUCUGGCUUGGAUUGAAUAAAAUAUACCGACUAACAUCAGCCAAGAGAAAUAAACUUCGUGUUGACCUGGGAGACUGGUCAGGAAACAAAGCAUAUGCUGAAUAUGAUUUUUUUGCUGUAAAGAAUGAAACACAUAAAUAUCAGUUGAGUCUUGGUGCACAUUCUGGAACUGCUGGAGACUCAUUACAUUAUCAUAAUGGCAUGGCGUUUUCAACCAAGGAUUCAGAUAAUGAUAAAGAUAGUGGAAACUGUGCCUCAUGCUGGAAAGGUGCUUGGUGGUAUAAUGUUUGUCAUCAAUCUAACCUGAAUGGGCACUACUAUAGUGAAGCAUACAGCAGUUGGAGUGGUGUGGUUCGGUAUUAUUGGAAAAAAAACAAUAAAUCUUUAACGUUUACUGAGAUGAAAAUAAAACCAUAAAGAAUUUCCAAAGACUGUGAUGUUAUAAAUUUGAUAAUUAUUUCUAAUGAAACUUUCAACAUAAAAUGAAAACAUUUUAGCUUUUAUGUCUUUUAAAAGAACCUUUAUAAUCAUUGUCUAUUUAAAAAGCGUCAAAAAAUAGUUAAAAAUGCUGUGGUGAAAUAAUAAUUUUCUAAUAUUUUCCUUAAAAAUUAGAGGUGAUUUAGGUAAUUAUAUGACUCUAAUGUUACGUCUUUUCACUCAUUUAAUUAGAUAUUGGUCUGUAAGUAACUAGUUUUAUCUUUUCGCCACGCUCCACGCAAUCUUGGUGUAUCAUGUAUGUCAUGCAAUUAUCUUACAUCAUUAUUCAAUAA